UGCGUUCCUUAUUAUAUACACAGGAGUUCGUCCUCGUGGAGCCUCGCCACUCACCUGACAAAUGUUCUGCGUCUUCCAUCUCAGUCUCCAUCUUCUCCAUCCCUUUGACCUCGCGAAGAUCGAGCGAUGACCAAUUAAUCGAUUCAUCCGCGGAUCUCCGAUCGCGUCGCCCUCGCCCCGUCGGCAACGACCGGCUUUUUGUCCCGCCGGCGAUCACCACCUCCGUCUCUGAUCGCCCCGCCGGCGCUUCCUCUCCGUCGCCGAUCGCGCUCCGCUCAAUGAGGUCAGAACUGGGCAAUAGGAGAACAGGGUGCGAGCUUGGUAGAAACAUGUCGAUGGAGAGGAAAGCUCCUUCACUGACCGAUCUAUGCGUCAGGACUGCGAUCGAUAACGUGAGAUAUCUUGGCGAUCUCGGCGGAAUUGACCCUGAGCUUCUUGCGAGAAUUUUGCCUCAUUGUACCGUUGAUCAGUUGACGCACAUAGAGAGAAGUUCAAAAGGAACAGACUUGACUCCAAUCACGGAUAAUCUGUGGAAGAAUUUUUACGAGAAACAAUUCGGUAGUCACAGCACGAAUCUUGUCAUCGAGAGAAUGAAGGACAAGGGGGUUUCGUUUAGAUGGUCACAAUUGUACGAGGCAAAGUUGAAGGACAUAGAGGAGGCUCAGAAUAAGUCGCUGGAUAGGAUGAGGCAACUAUACAAGGAAAAGGAUGCCCUGAAACAAAGCCGGCAAGUUCGUCUGUGCACAAAGGUGCCACCUUCAAGCAAUAAGAGAAGAUUUGGUUGCGGAUCUUACGACGUCUCCAAUCUGAAGAGCAAUAUAAUGAAGAAGGCAAGGAUAGAGACUCUUAAGAGUCAAGAGGUGAAAAACAUUGCAGCGAUGAAGAAAAAGGCAAUCCAGAGACACAGUAUUUCUCCCUUGACGAAGCCACAAGGGCCGUCUGGUAGAGACUCUGCUUCAUCUUCUAAAGUGACGAAACCUCUGGGGAGAAGAAUUUAGAAGCUUGCUUCUUUUGCUCAGAAGCUUUGCUAGGAACGGCAAUACAGGAUAGUGCUUAUCCGAUUUAUAUCACGUUUCAUCUUCUUCACUUGGUUGUACAUGCCUCUGUGCUCCGUCCCUUGUGGCAUUCCCUCGGCCACCUCAUUCGAGACUGUAUUUGCACAUGUACAAUUAUUUAAAGAC